CUGGACCGCAGCUCAAACAUGAAGAGCAUCAAGAUCAUGCUGCUGACACAGGAACAAAGCAAUGCCUCCUCUCCAUCUCAUCACACAGUCAGUAAGCAAGUUCGCAUCAAAACUUCUCAGUCCACUGGUGAUGUCAGCACUGCCUACCAGUCCUCGGAACCCAGAGGACGCCACCACUCCACCAGCUCUCAGAAUACAGGGCGAAGUUCUCCGCCCCUGGUUACGUUCCUGAGCGGCAACAGCGAAUCGCACGUCAGGGAUCCUUACACCAGCAUCAAUAGCGAGGGGGAGUUCAUACCUGAAACCAGUGACCAGUGUGUGCUGGAUCCUUGGAGCAGUGCAGAAGACUCAGUGUCCGGCAGCUGUCAGUCACUGGACAGCAACUCUGACAGCCCCUCACUCAGGAAACCUCGUACACACAGGGUUAAGAGUUACCCUGACAACCGACAGGACUGUGCUGACCGGGAAAACCAUGCGAAUGAUAAGAUUGUGGGUAAGGGAGGGACGUACCCUCGAAGGUAUCAUGUGUCCCUGCAUCAUAAAGACCACAGUGAAGGUCGACGGACGUUUCCGCGGAUCCGUCGUCCCCAUGGAAACUUGUUCACAUUGGUGCCAUCACGGCGAUCGCUGAACGGCAGUGAGGAGAGUUUGGGGAGCUGGCAGCUGGUGGAUACUCAGGCCAGACUCCGCCCACAGGACCGCCCAGUCCCUCAUAAGUCUCCUACAGCUCCAGUGACGUGGCGUAGGGGGAAGUUGCUGGGCCAGGGUGCUUUUGGAAGGGUUUAUCUGUGCUAUGAUGUGGACACAGGCAGAGAACUUGCAGCAAAACAGGUUCAUUUUGACCCUGCCAGUCCAGAGACCAGUAAGGAGGUGAGCGCUUUAGAGUGUGAGAUACAGCUGUUGAAGAACCUGCACCAUGAACGAAUCGUCCAGUACUAUGGUUGCCUUAGAGACCACAGUGAGAAGACCCUCACUAUUUUCAUGGAGUAUAUGCCUGGGGGUUCAGUCAAAGACCAGCUAAAGGCCUAUGGGGCCUUGACAGAGAAUGUGACGCGCAAGUAUACGAGACAGAUUCUGGAGGGCAUGUCCUACCUGCACAGCAACAUGAUCGUCCACAGGGACAUCAAAGGUGCCAACAUCCUGCGAGAUUCAGCCGGCAAUGUGAAGCUGGGAGAUUUUGGUGCCAGUAAACGGCUUCAGACCAUCUGCAUGUCCAGCACUGGGGUCCGUUCUGUUACCGGAACGCCGUACUGGAUGAGCCCAGAGGUCAUCAGCGGAGAGGGGUACGGCCGGAAGGCAGACGUUUGGAGUCUUGGCUGCACUGUGGUGGAGAUGUUGACAGAAAAGCCCCCUUGGGCUGAAUACGAGGCCAUGGCGGCCAUAUUUAAGAUCGCCACUCAGCCCACCAACCCCCAGCUGCCCUCCCACAUCUCCGAGCACACGCGGGACUUCCUACGCUGCAUCUUCGUGGAGGCCAAAUACCGGCCGAGUGCGGAGGAGCUGCUCAGACAUCCCUUCUCACAGAUCUUGUGCUGAGGAGGCCCACUGUCCAUCCAACUGCUUCAACUUGUUAGUUUCCCUGUUCAAAAACAUCCAAGAGUGUGAUAAACUCAGUUCCAAAGGCAAUCUAUGUUUCCAGAGCAUGUGACCUGCCAGCACCCAAUCAGCUGUUGCCUGGAUUAGGUCACAAAACUGGUUUAUUCUCUAUCAGUUUAAAAUGUGGUGUCUUUGUGACAGCAGGGGGCGCCACAGGACUUUCGUGCUGCAUACACUCUUUAGUUCAGGAAUAAACAGGUUGAUGGUGUAAGAGCAGAUGAAACAAACAUGAUACUGUCUGAGCUGUUUAUUACAGCUUUACUUAUUACAGAACUUAUUACAACAACUGCCAAAUGUGCCUUCUGACGCCAACAGGGUCUGAAUCUCCUUGAAUGAGGUUUUCAGACAUCAAGAAUGUCUCCUAGUAAUGAAUGUUUCAUACAGUCCACAGCAGAGUUGUGAAGCCAAUGCUUUACGUGCCAGUUUCCCGGGAUCUUGUUUUUGACUACAGGCACUUAGUGUUAGAGGAAGCGUAACAAUUGUGUCUCGGUUUGUUUCUGCCUUCGACAAAUGAGGGUCUUGCGCACGUCAGUCUCGGAUGCUUUGAAUUUGUGGUUAAUCUUAUAUUUUGAUUAAUCUUUAUAGAAUUGCACUUCCUUGAUUUGUCGUUUGUAAGUAGCAUUUAGUCUGUUACAGAAAGCAGCUUGCUCUCUUUUUUGACUUGAGGGUCAGGGCAUGAGGUUAAAGUGAAGAGGUUCUUUGGACGAACCGUAAUACGUAGUUUUGUACCACCGUAGUGCCUUAUGGUGUCCUGUAGAGAGCAGCAGUACAGUCUUUAAGAUGCAGCUAAUCUCACUAAUAGUCUUCCCAUAGUGAUAAGAUGUCAAAUUGGGAAUCUCGUAAGGCGUUUUAUCGGUUAUUUAGGGUGUGGUGAGAUAUUGAGAGCACAUUAAGAUGUAUAUUUUUCUCUUCAGCCCAGCCAAAGAAAACGUAUUAAGAAAGUGCCUUGAGUGUCGUAUGGCAGUAUAUCGGACUCAUUUGGAUCAGAUGCACUUUUAUUAAAUGAAUGUUGAAUUUACCAAAUUGUUCGUUUGUUACACAGAAUGUGAAGCCUUUUUCACUUUUAUUUAUAUCCCAUUGUUCAGCCAUUUUUAUAUACGAGUAUAUAUAUGUUUAUGUAUAAAUCUAUUUUUAUAUAGUGACUCUGUCUGAACCGAGUUGUGCUAAUAGUAACAGAAGAUGAGUUAGAAACAAGAAUUGUAAAAGCAGCUGGUUUUGCAGAGACUACAACAUGAUUUUACAUGUUUAUUUCUGGCUGGAAAUUGAGCUCUGGCGAUUUAUGCCGCACCUGAUCUGUGCAAGUCACAAGUCCUCUGUACUCUCACUUUUUUUAAGUGUUUAUUGUGUGUGUGUGUCUAUUUCUGUUUAUCCGUCUGCUUUUUCCCUGAGGAUUUUGGAAAAAAUCUCAUGCAGACAGGAUUUGAAUGCAGGUUGUAACAGGAAGUGACCAGUGCCUUGAAUCAUUCUCAGUAAUACAUGUACACACAGAAUUUCACAUUUGCUGCCACUUAGGAAUGACUUGCACAGAGAUGCAUUUACCUUUAUGUAUUCAGAGUUGCAGUGUUGGAAAGAAAACUAAGAGGUGUAAAAGAAAGAUUUUUUUAUGUUAAGAAUGGUUUAAAGGUUGAUGUACACUAACUUUCAAAGUGUGGAGUCAGUAAGAUUUUUGUAAAAUAAGUUAAUACUUUUUCUCAUCAAGGAUGCGUUAAAUUGAUCAAAAGUGACAGUAAAGACAUUUAUAAUGUUACAAAUGGUUUCUAUUUCAAAUAAAUGCUGAAAAAAAUGAUCAUGGUUUCCACAAAACAA